AAUAAUAUAUGAAUCCUUUUUAGUUAUAAAAAUGUAAAAUAUUACCCACCUAUGUCAGAUAAAACACACCCAUCUCCUUUUUCUAUCUUCCCCCAACCCAUGGUCCUCCCCCAGGGAACCACGGUCAACAGUUUAGCCUGAAUCCUUCGAGGUAUUUUGCUCUGCAGACACACACACACACACACACACACACACACACACACACACCCCAACACACACAUCCAUAGACAGAUAGAGCAGAACAAACAAAUCCAUAAAUCAAGCUCAGACCUUUUCUACUGCACUGUAGCUGCUUCAUUAGGAAAGAAAAAUGCUAUGUUGCAAUGAACAUUUACUUUUCCCUGUUUUGUUGGUAGAGAUAAUAAUUGUGAUUAAUAUUUAUUGACCACUGGCUGUGUGCCAGACCCUUCACUAAAGUGGUUUAUGUGGAUCAUCUUAUGUGUCCUUACAGGUGGCACCCUGAGUCCCCUUUUACUUACGAGGCAUUUGACACACAGAGAGUUUAAGUAGAUUGCUCAGCUAAGGAGCAGAAACAAAAAUCCAAACCAAGUUCUGGCUCCAAAGCCUCUGUCCUUACCCACACAAAGAUGCUUCCAUUGGCAACGGAUCCCUAUAGAGUCAGGGCUUGAGGGUAACAGAGUGGCUUGUUCUAAUUAACUGAGAUGUCAUUUGGUUCCUACCGAAGGGCAGAGAUGCCAGCACACAGUGUAGUGAAAUGACUUCUGGACCAUGUCGGUGGCCCUUGGCCAAUCCCAGCAGUGCCUCCAGUACUGUCUCUACAACCAACACUGCUUGCGUAUGUAUGCAGUGUGAGGUAAUGCGUGAGAAAUGAUGCCUGGCACAAAGCAAAGUUAAGUUCCUCAGCUUAUGGUUCACAGAAUGCCUUCACAUCAAACUGUGAAGAAAGGAUGGUAUAAUUCAUGCCCAUUGUAUAGCUGAGGAACUGAGGCUCGGGUUGGUGAAGUGACUUAGGCAGUGCCUCACAGCUGGUUCAUGUUUGCUGCUGUGACCAGAACACAUACCCUCUGGCGGAGAUAGUGGCGUUUCCCUGUGCUGAGCUCCUGCUGGACCUGCCUCCAGGACUGCAGGGAUCUGGUGAAGGGGUUCAAGACACUUCAUCACUCUGCUCAUCCUCUUCUAAACGUGGUCCAGGCUGGAUAUUUUAGGUCUUGUGCAGUGAGGCCCAACUCUCCAGGGCCCUUUCUCUUUCCUGUCCCAGGAGCUCAGACAUGACCAGGAAGAUCUUCACAAACACCAGGGAGCGGUGGAGGCAGCAGAACGUCAACAGCGCCUUCGCCAAGCUGAGGAAGCUCAUCCCCACUCACCCUCCAGACAAAAAGCUGAGCAAAAAUGAAACACUUCGCCUGGCAAUGAGGUACAUCAACUUCUUGGUCAAGGUCUUGGGGGAGCAAACCCUGCAGCAAACAGGAGUGGCUGCUCAGGGAAACAUUCUGGGACUCUUCCCCCAAGGAUCCCACCUGCCGGACAGGACUCUACUCGAUGACUACCAGGUCCCUUCACUUGACCCAAGCCACAGCAUUGCGUAGUGGGGCUCCAGCUGUCAUCACCCAGGGCAGCCCUUGCUCUGAAGCCACUAGCUGUUGACAGCCUUUUGCAUGUUCCAGUGUCAACUUGAUGAAUAAUUUGUGAGGAAUGCACUUAUGCUUCACGGGAGGUGGCUCAGGGACAGCUGCAGGGAGCCAGACAGAGGCCAUGAGGAAGAUGGCUUUGGAGUCUGCUACCCCCGGAGCUCCAGACAGAGCAGCCUGCCUCUAUUUUAUGUAUCCAAGAUCUGCAUAAGAUGUUGUUUGGAAGGGGGGAAGCGUAGGUUAAAAACAGGCUUGGAAAUCACUGUUUUACUCAGUCUGUUUUCAAUUUUAAGGAAAGAGUUUUCCCAUAACAGAUCUCAAAUGGAUGAAUAGAAAAUGCUUCCCUCAGAAAACAUUUUACUGUUUGUUUUGAAAAGUGAGGUAUAUGUGAUCGAGGGUGAACAAAAUAAGGUUGAUAAAUGUGAAGAGAGCCCUCACAGAAACCAACUUGGAGACUUGUGGAAACAUGAGAGAGACCCUUCUCACACGUGAGGAUUACAGGAACAUAGCAGAUACAUGUGGAAGAGCUCUGCAUCCUUUAUCCCUGUGGAAAUAUGAAGUAUUACCUGCAUUGAACCAUUUAUAUCUUUGUUAUCUCUAAAGCUGAAUGGUGGAUUAUAUCUGUUAGAGGAAAGGACUUGAUAAUUUAAGAAUUAGAGUUCCCAGUUUUCUUAUGAAAAACAGGUAGCUAAAAUAGGUUAUCUAACCCCUUAGUUGCACAUGUCAGACAUUAAAACGUUUAAUUCGGCCCAAGUUCCUGCUGAUUUAAGACCUGUAAAAUUCAAAUAUACUUAUGAAAAUAUGAAAAUAAUUAUGAAAAUAAACACUCCCAUUUAACGACUCAUUUAACAGAGAGCUUAGUUUAAACAAAAGAUCUAGAGUAGACAAUAGGAAUGUAAUACCAGACUUUAAUGAAUUAAUGACUUUGUCAUUUGUCUUCUUUGCUAUGGAGCAUUAGCUCAAUCCUAUGCCGGGAGGGGUGGUACCUACUAGUCAACGAAACAGCGUGGAUCUGGCAGAACUACUCACAACCACGUGCCCCCAAUGAUUGGAUUCAAAGAUGGAUUCAACGAUGAAUCCCAUAGCUGAGCCCAGAAUACAAAUAAUGUCAUUUGAUUUGUCUCUGGGACAUGUUAUUACCCUAAAGUUCUUGACAGUACAUUGGUUUCAAAACCUUCUGAAGCACAGGUAGGAAACUGAUGGAUUUGCAAUUAUGGGAUUCCAGUGUAUACAUAAUAGAUGAAUUUAAAUUUCCUGUGACUCUAGAAAGAAGGUAUUGAUUUAUGGAAGGUUGAAGUAAGCCUCUUUGGUUUGGUAAUCAGAAAAAAAGCCAGAUGUGGCUCCCCCAGAAUCUCAUUCCCCGCAAAUAACAAGGUCGUAAUGCCAUUAACAUCUACACAGCAUUCCCACUCAUAGCCCAAAGCAUUUAAAUAUGUUUUCCUUCU